GUCAAAAAUAGCCCCAAAUGAAAUUUAACAAAACAAGAAAAAUCCCUAAUCUUUUAAUUCUACCAGUUGGCUUCUCUGAAACUCACUCAAAAUAGCCUCAAUCGUUUUUCUCUCACGCUCACCAGCUCACCCGCUCGAUCAAUUCUCUCUCACACUCAGCCCUCUCGAUUGGUUCUCUCACUCAGCCUCUGCAAGAACUCAGCUCUCGUCUCUCUCCAUAACGUCGAGCUGCUCUCUUUCACACUCAGCCUCGGCAAGAACCAAGCGACCCCGCCGACGCAAGAACCAGGCGACCCCCCCGUCGACGCAAGAACCAGGCCACCCCCCCCCCCCCCCCCCCCCCCCCCAUCGACGCAAGAACCAGGCCACCCCCCCGCCGAUGCAAGAACCAGGCCACCCCCCCCCGCUGACGCAAGAAUCAGGCCACCCUGGGGUAAACUAGGCAGACCUCCAAUUGUUUAUGAGCUCUGGAGAACAGUACUACCCAAACGCGUGGUGGUGUAUACUGGUUGAUAUUACCUGCAGGAUGCUGCUGGUAGCUCUAGUGCGCUUUUCUUCACCGCUGCGGCUCAAAAUUUGUUAGGCAUUAAAUUGCCUGAGAAAGUUGGGGUGGUAAUUCCAAACAUUUGGAUGACUUGGUUCAAGGUUGCCAGUGUACCUGCCAUUGUUUCGCUUCUAGUUUCACCACUAGUUUUAUACAUAAUUUAUCCUCCAGAAACCAAGGACACUCCUGAAGCCCCUGCUAUGGCUGCCAAGAAACUGGAAAGCAUGGGUGUUGUUACGAAAAAUCAAUGGAUUAUGGUUGGUACAAUGCUUCUUGCGGUAUCCUUAUGGGUCUUUGGAGAAACUAUCGGCAUACCAAGUGUUGUGGCUGCAAUGAUUGGUUUAUCUAUACUUCUUUUGACAGGAGUCCUUGAUUGGAGUGACUGUUUAAAUGAAAAAUCAGCAUGGGAUACCUUGAUUGGUUUACCAUUUUCUGAUGCUUACUGGUUGACUCUAUCAGGAUUCAUCAUUUUCCUUGCUUUAAUUUGGGUUCUGCAAGAAAUGACAACAGUCCGUAUUCUCCAUUACGUUAUUCUCUUUAUAGGUGUGAUGAACAGCUUGUUUUCAGUAUAUGAUAUCUAUGAUGAUUUAAUAUCUCGAAGAGUCAACUCCAGCGAUGCUGAGAAGUUUGCUGAAAUUUGUCCUUGUUGCAAUGGAGUUGGAUGGGGAGUCAUAUGGGAUCAGGAUGUAAUCAUGUAUCAUCUUGUAUAGUUGAGAUCACAUUUCAAUAAGGUAAACUUGUAAAAGAGAGCAUGUAUAUUUUCUCCAUGUAAAAUUAUAUUUUGCUA